AGUUCAGGCAAUAAUUGUGUAUCAAAAUGAAUAAGACCUUUUCAAUACAGAACGUUUACAAAGAGAUGAGCUGCUUUGUUGUAGAGAAGGUGGACUACAAAGAUCGUUGCCUCCUAGUUAAAUCUGCUGAGCAAUGCAGUCGUGUUAUGGGCGUAUUCAAGUACUAUCACCUUAUGUAUUGCACUGUAGAGAUUUCAAACAAACCUUUAGAGUCGGCUGUAAUGUGUCUACUGAUGCUAAUUGCGAUAUAUCUUUUGAUUUUUGUGGCACACAUAAUUGAAAUAUAUUUCACUCCAGCACUGAAAAUUGUAUCCGUUAAGCUGAACAUGAACGAGUAUCUGGCGGGCAUAACCGUACUGACCUUUUGCAAUACUUUGCCCGAUUUAAUUACCAAUAUAAUGCAUAUUCGCCAGCAUGCACCACUCUUUACCAUAUGCAUCAGUAAUUCUUUAGUUAUCAUCCUAUUAAGUGGCGGCACUGUUAGCUACAUGAGAUCAUUUAAAGUCAAUGGUGCAUGUGGACUGCGCGACCUUUUGUGUCUGAUAUUUUCUGCUGAAGUACUUUACUAUAUAAUAUUGACAGGGGAAAGUUUGGACUUAAAUGAAUGUAUAGGUCUUAUGAUGUUCUAUGUUUUAUACUUGUUGAUCAAUGUUGUGGACUUAAUGUUAUUGCGUGCGUACAUAAAAAAGCUUAAAUUGCAAAUAAGUAAGUUAAAGAGGACGCCUCAUUCACCUUAUAGGGAUAACUUAAUAGCGGAGAUUAAAGCAAAGAAUAGAGAGCUUAGUCAGGACAAUCACUUGAUAAUACACACCAAACAAUCUUCCUUUAUUCGUUCAUCGAGUAAACACGGCAUUUCAACGCUAACACCAGAUUCGCACACCAAUGAGAUUAAUAUAAAAGAAACUCGUGAUAUUCUGCAUAAUUCAAAUAAUCCGAAGAAUUUGUUUUUAUGCUCCGAGUUCCUUGAGGCUCUAAUCCCCAUCAAUAUUGGCGAGUUUAGACGCAAAGGCUGGUGUGGUCGCUUAUUCUGCAUUUUAAUAUCGCCCAUUGUGCUGCUGUGCACUAUUUUUGUGCCUUUGGUGGACUACACUCAUGAUAAGCAUGGAUGGUGCAAGCUACUCAAUUGCCUACAGAUUGUUAUUAUUCCAUAUAUGGUUACCACCGUGACUAAAGGAUUGAUUGACGGUAAAUACCAGGACUGGUAUAUGACAUUCGACUAUAGCAUUGCCAAAUGGACCUUUAUUGUAACCGUGCCUUUGGCCAUAUUCGUGUUGAUCCAUUCCCGCACGGAUAAGCCGCCCAGCUAUCACGUCUUAUUUAUUGUACUCACUGCUACUACCUCAAUAAUGUUUAUUACAAUCGCUGCCAACGAGCUAGAGGUGCUCUGUGUUAUAUCUGGAUUCUAUUUUAACGUAAGUGAAAGCUUUGUGGCAGCAGUUGUGAGAUCAUUUGCCGGGGGACUUGCUGAUUUGAUAAUGAAUCUGGAGCUGGCUCUGCAGGGCUAUGAGAGAAUGGCAUUUGCUGCCGUUCUCGCAGGACCAAUAUUUAGCAUUACAUUUGGCAUGGGUAUAUCCUGCAUUAUCAAUCAGCACUGUUCGGCCAAAGGCUCUUUGUAUUGGCUGACAGAGGAUCAAGGACAAAACGCGUUCAUAUUCUUUAUGCUGGUCGUUUCCACAACUCUGGCCUGGAACUUGAUGUAUAAUUUCUGUGCCCGACGUUCUUCGGGUGCUUAUGCAUUUAUUAUGUAUUUCCUAUUUAUUUUAUAUGCUGUGCUCGUCGAGUGGAACUUGGUCCAUGAAUUCUCUGCUGAUAUCGCUGUUGAGCCGAAGUAAAGUUACCUCAACGUCUUAGUAAUGCAUAUCCAAUAUCGACAACCAUAAUUAAGAGCAAUAGUAGAGUUUUACAAACACAGUCAAACUGUUAUUUACAUUGUAAGAGUGCCGCGAAGAGUAAUUACGUUAAUAAAGUAUCAUAAUUAAAAUUCCAA